UCAGUUUAAUUACUCCCAAGGGAAAAAAUAGCUUGCAAUAACCGCAGUCUAGUAAACCCAGCUUCGUGUUACAGGCAAAGUGCGCUGCGCCGAGGCACACCGUAACUAUAUGCAGCAUAUUUUAAAUGUACGCAGUGGUGUGUUUCAGGCACUUCGUUAUUCAGAAACUUUAGUGAGACUUCAACAUGCGGCAACCGCUCCUAAUGCUGCGUUACCGUUCUCGGAAAUACCGAAGAUUCCAGCAUUUCCACUGGUCGGAAGUGGCUGGAUUUAUUUGCCUCUGAUCGGUCGGUAUGAUAUUCGUGAUGGCAGUGUAGCUGCGUGGGAUAUGCACCAGAGGUAUGGCCCCAUUGUGGCCCAGCAGCUGCCGGGUCGCAGGGCAAUUGUGCGCCUCUUCAGCGCAAAUGACAUUUGGAUGCUGUACCAAGAGGAAGGAAGGACACCGCGCCAUGUUGGAUCACUGGCUCUUAAGCUAUCCCACCAAAGCCAAAAGCCGCAGGUUUUUGCAAAUGACGGCCUACUGCACGCCCAAGGUGACGAGUGGCGCCGAAUUCGGUCUCAGACGCACACCAGCGUUUCUGCACCGCGUGCGGUGCAAGCAUACGCCAAAGGCAUUGCUGACGUUGUCGACGACGCAAUUUCUCUGAUUGCAUCGGCACGGGAUGAAAAGGAAGAAGUGGAAGACUGCCAUCUGCUGAUGAGAAGGUGGGCUUUAGAAUGUCAUUUAUAAGAACAGUGGAGCCCCGUGACGCAGGAUGACAGAAUGAAGCAGAAAACAGGACACAUCAUCGGCGGUAGCACAGUUCGGCUUGCGUACCCAACGACGUGCUGGCGCCCAUGAUGAAGUGGAACGAGGACGGCGCUGACAUCCUCACUGCUAGCGUCAGUGUGGAGCUCAGUCGGCCUCGGGAUCGAGCUGGUACAAGAGAGGUCCAGAGUGGCCGUCGUGUUGGAGAUAUGCCUGCAAUGGUGGAAAACUCGGCGCCUACGUCAGCGCCCGCCACUACAACGCCCAUGCUUGUGCAACUCCGAGAUCUGGGCGUGUUCUGCUGUUCCGGUGAAAAGGAGUUGAAGACUUGGUGGCGGAGUGUCCAAGGUGACGAGUGGCGCCGAAUUCGGUCUCAGACGCACACCAGCGUUUCUGCACCGCGUGCGGUGCAAGCAUACGCCAAAGGCAUUGCUGACGUUGUCGACGACGCAAUUUCUCUGAUUGCAUCGGCACGGGAUGAAAAGGAAGAAGUGGAAGACUGCCAUCUGCUGAUGAGAAGGUGGGCUUUAGAAUCUACGAUGCUUCUGACUGUGGACGAGAGACUCGGAGUGUUGGAACCUAACCUCGACGCCCAUUCGAUGGCAGCAAACAUGUUCAACAUUAUCGAAGACUUGUUCUGCAUACUGAAUACGCUGACAACAAGCUUUCCUUAUUACCUCUACUUCCCGACGCCCAUGUGGAGACGGUUCCAUCGUCGCGGGGGCGAAGCCAUUAGGUUGCUGUCACCACUUGUCAGGAGAGCAGCAGAAAGGGCUGAGCAUAUGGCGGAGGGGGAACGCAUCACACUCGCCGCCUCUCUACGACGUGAAGGAAAGCAAAGCUUGAAAGAAAUCUUCACAUUCGUUUUUGACUUCAUUAUGGCGGGUUCUGAAACGGUUGCGGCUGGUGCAACGUAUUGCUUAUACUGCCUUGCAAUGAACCCUCUCGCUCAACAAAAAGCAAGGGAAGACGUUCAGUCUGUUCUCAACAAAGCUCCAGACAGCGAAAUAGCACUCAAGUACUCGGAGCUUUCCUACGUAAAGGCCUGUAUCCGUGAAUCACUUCGGCUCUACCCUGUCAUCACCGGAAUACACCGCAAACUAGACCACGACGUUGUUAUGUCCGGCUACAUGAUACCGAAAAACACCGUAUUGAGAACUGAAAUAUUUGUAAGUGGGAGAUUGGAGGAAAACUUCACAAGAGCUUCGGAAUUCAUCCCAGACCGCUGGCUUCGUGGCAACGGGGACCGGCCAAGCGAACUUUUGGAAAAUUGGACGCAUCACCCUUUUGCGUCACUACCAUUCAGCUCUGGUGUACGGAUGUGCAUUGGAAGAAGGAUAGCCGAGAUGGAGAUGUGUAUACUUAUUGCAAAUGUGCUCGAAGCAUUCAGAGUGGAGAAUCACCAUGGGGACAUCGGCUUCCUUUCCCAGCUUACAAGUCGCCCACAGAGACCAGCCAGAUUUCGCUUCAUUUUACUCUAGUGGACAGUUCAUACGCGAAUGUGGCAUUUUUGAGUCACUAUCAAUAGUUAUAAUAAAAAAAAAUUUGC